AACACUUCAACAGGUUUGUAUCAAAAACCUACGGAAUGUAACAAUAUUUUUAAUUUUUUGGAUACGUUUUAUGAAAUAUGAACGAGAAACAAUAAAUGAACUCGUUUGCAACAAUAUAAGCCACUGAAACAGAAAUUUGUUCGCGCUGAUCAUGCGUGCUGCAGAGAAAGGUGGCACUGGCAAGUCCAGUGGGUACAAUGUUUUCAAUACAGAACCAAUAACUGCCAUGGACAUUUCUACAAAAGAACCAUCUUUUAUUGCAGUGGCUGGAAGAAAAGUGCUUAAAAUCUUGCAAGUUCAGAAGAACGUGUUUAGUGAAGUGGCCAAUCUGUGUAGCGCGAAUAAGAAAUUGGGCCUGGAUUACAGCAUGACUGAUGUGAGAUGGGAACCUGCUGGAGAUGAAAGGCUGGCGACAGCAGCAGGCAAUGGAACUAUCUUAGUAUGGAAUGUGAAUUUGGCAAAAAACGCGAAGCAAGUGAACUGCGGGAAAAGAGACAUAGCAGAACACAGAAGAACUGUGAAUAGGAUUUCGUUCCAUCCUACCGAACGUGAUAUCUUGAUCAGUGGCUCACAAGAUGGCACCAUGCGUUAUUUUGAUCUUCGUAAGGCAGACGCGUGUUUGACAUUUAAAGGAAAGUCGCAGAACGCCAGCGUCCGUGACGUGAAGUUCAAACCAUCUGACGCCAGAUAUUUUGCUGCCGCAAUGGAAAACGGUGAAAUUCAGCUAUGGGAUUCGCGCAAGAUCGACAAUUAUUUGCAAGCGUUUGUCGCACACGUCAGUGGUCCAGUUUUUUCAAUCGACUGGCAUCCCGAGGACCACGAUUGCCUUGGCACUGCUGGAAGAGAUAAGUUCAUUAAAGUUUGGGACACGCAGCACAAGCCGACGGAGACGCAUCAAAUUCGAGCUAUUGCUGAGGUCGCUCGUAUUAAAUGGAGACCAUUUCGAAAAUAUCAUAUCGCGAGUUGUGCUUUGUUGGUGGAUAACUGUGUUAGCGUGUGGGAUAUACGUAGACCAUAUCUUCCGCACGCUCAGUUCACACAACACCAGGACGCUGUUACAGGAAUUGUUUGGGACCACAAGGACCCCAAUAUAUUGUUCUCAUGCGGAAAGGAUUCGAUGAUUUAUCAAAACUGGUUUGUAGACGCCUACAGACCUGCGGAGCAUGCUCCUCCUGUUGCACUUGGUUUUAGCUCUACUGGAGAUAUUGCAUUUGCAAGAAGUGGUCAACUUACUCCUCCUGAACCAAAGCCGAAAAUGAAAUUUAAUGCCCAUUUGACCGCUUCACUCGGAGCAAUGCGUAAUCAGCAGCCAGCUAAGGUCGAGGAAGUCACUGCAGUUACUAGCACGUUGUCGAUGUACAAUUUUCCUGCUGGUAGUAUUGGUGACUUAAAAAACUUUAAGGUAUUGGCCAAGAACUACCUUCUCAGCGGACAGCCUUUUGAUGAACUUUGCGACCACAAUGCUGAGCAAUGUAGUAAGCUUGGACUCCGUCAUGAGGCGCAGACGUGGAACAUAAUAAAGGUCAUGUAUUCGUGUAAUUUCUCCGAGCUGCUGCCACCUUCGAGCUUCGCCAAAGCUGUGCAAAAUGAUUCUUCGUCAGUUGCUCCGGCACAGUUGGCUACAGAAACGAACCAAAAUAGUCAGACUGUCGACACAUUCAAUGAUGAAGACAAAGAAGUUCAGAAUAUAUUAAGUAAAAAGGACAUUCAAUCUGAUGAACAACAAGAAGAUUCGUCAACAAGCGAAGAUGAUAUUACAGAGAGUGACACAUUUUUUGGCGAUAAAGAUUUUGUAUUUAGUGAAGAGCAGGAAUUCCAGUUUGAUUCUCAGGAUAUCAGUGGAGAAAUGCAAUUAGAAGAUUACACGUUGGCUAAUGAGGCAUUUGAGCCUAGGCAGAACAUUGAAGAUAGACCACCAUCAUUAGAAACAGACCAGGAAAGACCUGAUACGCCAAUAAGUCCCAUAGAUUCUGAUAUUGCAAGUGUAUAUACCCAACAAACGUCGUUUGUGGAAUCUUUGCUAACAAAUCAGGGAGAGAUGAAAAAUGUACUUUUUCCAAAAUGGGAUUGCUCAGGGGUCGUGAAAGAUUGCUUGAAAUACUAUGCUAACAAGGGAGAUAUUCAGAUGUGCGUAUCAGUUCUGCUUGUUCUUGGUGAUAAGAUAAGACCCGAGAUAGACGAGAAAGUGCAGGAAGAAUGGUUUAAGUCAUAUUUAGAUUUACUUAGCUGUUUACAAAUGUGGACAAUUUCAGCUGAAAUAAUUAAUAUUUCAAAUUUGCCUGCCUUAACGGAGCUAAACCAGACGUCCACGACAGUUCACACACUAUGUAGUAAUGAAAAAUGUCGAAAGCCACUUCCGCCAGAUAAAUGUGGUUGGACUUGUGCCAAGUGCAAGAGCCUUUCUCCGGCCUGCUCUAUCUGCAAUACGACGGUACGCGGCCUGUUAGCCUGGUGCCAAGGAUGUGGUCACGGCGGUCACCUGCGACAUAUUAAAGAUUGGUUCCAGAAAUAUCGCAGUUGUCCUACAGGGUGUGGUCAUAACUGUGAAUAUAGAUGAUAAAUGCUAAAUAUUUGCAAAUCCGUGUGCUGUUAAAAACUUUCCGAGAUGUUUUCAAACCCAACUCAUCUUGGUUUUGCCGAACUGAGGUCUGAUUUCAAAACGUUAAUGUCCAGGUUUCAAAAACUCUUCCAGUGCACGUGCAUGCAUGGUUAACGCUGAAUUAUAAAUAUUAAGUAAUUGUUUAUAAAGUGGAAGGUAAUACAGGAUAAUCUAAUUUUAUUUUAAUUGAAGAUUGGUUAAACUUCUUACUGAUUCCCGAAGCCCUAGUUAUACACGAUACAGGAUUCGUAAAAAGCGUAUAGUUAAUUGUGAUAGUCAGUGCAUGUACUCGUAGGGGGGUUGUACGAACACACAUAAUUGUGCAAUUAUUAAAAAACCUGAUGUCGAAAUUAUGCCAAUCCGGUAUCGUGCGUGUGACUGGGCGUGACGAUUGAAAUUAUGCCUGCAUGCUUUUAUGUAUAGAGAAGUAAAUUAAAAACCUUCUUAGCAUUUUAAAACGAACGAGCGCUUUUGGUCAAAUUAUAAUAGAUUAAACAAUGUUUAAGUUUUUAAAAUUUUUGAUCUGCCAAGUAGAAAACUUUGUGCAUAAUAAAAACCUCCUGAUCUUCCAAAA